GUGACGGGCACGGCACCCUGGUUUCAGCCCAGACGGCGCACCCUGCCAGCUUCUCUCGUGCUGCUGAGAGCGCGCUGCCUGGCCAUGAGCACCACAUUUCUGCAGACUUCUUCCUCUACCUUUGGGGGUGGCUCUACCCGGGGGGGUUCCCUCCUGGCUGGGGUAGGAGGCUUUGGUGGGGGGAGUCUCUAUGGGGGAGGUGGGAGCCGCAGUAUCUCAGUGUCUUCCGCGAGGUUUGUCUCCUCGGGGUCAGGAGGCAGCUUUGGUGGAAGGGCUGGUAGUGGUUUGGGUGGAGGCUUUGGAGGUGGCCUGGGAGGUGGUCUUGGGGGUGGCUUUGGAGGUGGCUUUGCUGGAAGUUUUGGUGGUGGCUUUGGUGACUUUGGAGGUGGCGAUGGCGGCCUCCUCGCUGGCAACGAGAAGAUCACCAUGCAGAACCUCAACGACCGCCUGGCCUCCUACCUGGACAAGGUGCGCGCCUUGGAGGAGGCCAACGCCGACCUGGAGGUGAAGAUCCGAGACUGGUACCAGAAGCAGAGCCCCAGCAGCCCGGAGCGCGACUACAGCCCCUACUUCAAGACCAUGGAGGAGCUCCGGGACAAGAUCCGGGCGGCUGCCAUCGAUAACUCCCGGGUCAUCCUGGAGAUCGACAAUGCCAGGCUGGCUGCAGACGACUUCAGACUCAAGUAUGAGAACGAGCUGGCGCUGCGCCAGGGCGUGGAGGCCGACAUCAACGGCCUGCGCAGGGUGCUGGACGAGCUGACCCUGACCAAGACUGACCUGGAGAUGCAGAUCGAGAGCCUGAACGAGGAGCUGGCCUACCUGAAGAAGAACCAUGAGGAGGAGAUGAAGGAGUUCAGCAACCAGCUGGCAGGCCAGGUCAACGUGGAGAUGGACGCGGUACCGGGCGUGGACCUGACCCGCGUGCUGGCAGAGAUGAGGGAGCAGUAUGAGGCCAUAGCCGAGAAGAACCGCCGGGAUGCCGAAGCCUGGUUUUUCAGCAAGACGGAGGAGCUGAAUAAGGAGGUGGCCUCCAACACAGAGAUGAUCCAGACCAGCAAGACAGAGAUCACAGACCUGAGACGCACUGUACAGGGGCUGGAGAUCGAGCUGCAGUCCCAGCUCAGCAUGAAAGCGGGGCUGGAGAGCUCGCUGGCCGAGACGGAGUGCCGCUACGCCCUGCAGCUGCAGCAGAUCCAGGGCCUCAUCGGCAGCAUCGAGGCCCAGCUGAGCGAGCUCCGCAGCGAGAUGGAGUGCCAGAACCAGGAGUACAAGAUGCUCCUGGACAUCAAGACGCGGCUGGAGCAGGAGAUCGCCACCUACCGCAGCCUGCUGGAGGGCCAGGAUGCCAGGAUGGCCGGCAUUGGCCCCAGAGAAGCCUCCCUGGGAGGUGGCGGUGGCAAAGUCCGCAUCAACGUCGAGGAGUCAGUGGAUGGGAAGGUGGUUUCUUCCCGAAAGAGAGAAAUCUAAAUGCCCAGCGCAGGAGAGAUGCCCCCCACCCUCCCCCGGCCUAGUGGACGGCUGGCUGGAGGGCCCGGAAGAGCUGACGCCAGGCCCUGCCUUCGGAGGGUCCAGCUCAAGGGGUCCCUCGUCUCCUAGUUGGGCGCUUUGCCUGCUGUCCCCCAUCACCCCCUCCAGCUUUCUCGUCUCCUUUGGAGCAGGGAGGUGAAAGAAACAGCUGUUUUGUAUAACGAGCUCAUUCGUACCCUGUCAACCCAUGCAAUAAAGAAUUGCUUUUCCUUUUGCAAAUA